UAUGGAAUCAAGUAUAUCUCAAAGCGACAUUGAAGUGAUUGACGUUACUGAUAAUCAACCAACCGAAGAAGAUGUCAGUCUUCGCAUGAUGAUUGCUUCUAAGAAAUAUCACUCUAAUCAGGCUGACUUGGAAUCUUGCUUCUCUUCCUCUGAUGAAUUUGAUGAUGAUAAUACACAAAAUGAUAAUCCUUUUGAUGUUAAUACUAAGCAGCCUAACUUCUUGCCUCUGUAUAGGAAACAACAUGGAGGCAUCCUGAUUUAUGAUAUUGAUGCAGAGAUACCUUGUCAGCCCAGACCUAAGCAAGAGUUAUAUCCCAUGGCCAAUUCUGGAAGUGAAAUUAAUGAAACAGAACCAGAUAAUUCUUUACUAAACCGGCAUUUAAAGCUCAAGGAUUUUCUCAGAAAGGCAAACAACCAAAUCUCUGAAAAUUGCAACCUCAACUUUACUAAGCUCAGAAAGUUUGAUAAUAAUGGAAAAGGGCUGUAUAAGUUAACCACUCCUCCAGAAGAUGAGAUACCUGUCAGAUUCGAAUCUCGUUUUGAGAAUGGGAACCUUAAAUAAAGCUAUUAAAGUGUCUGAUACUGAGUACAACCUGAUAUUGAAUUUUGACUACAAUACAAAUGGACAUACACAAUGGUACUACUUCAAGAUCAUGACUAAACUGAGUGAAGGCACUUCGAUUAAGCUUAAUAUCUUGAACUUAAUGAAGCCUGAUAGUUUGUACAAUUAUGGAAUGAAGCCUUGUGUCAAAUCAAAACUUAAGCCUAAGGAAGGAUGGCAUAGAGACUGCCACGAUAUCUCUUACACUCGUAAUAGUAUUCUAAGGGAUAGGAAUAAAGCACCUGGAGAAAAUGUGAAGUCUAAUGGGAAGCUUGCUCAAUAUUACUACUUUACUCUCAGCUUCACCUAUACACUGAAAGCUGACAAUGACGAAGUGAGUUUUGCCCAUGCGGUUCCAUACACUUAUAACGGCAACUUAUUACCGUUUCUGCAUAAAAUUGGGAGAGAGCAGAAGUAUCAUAAUUUUCUGAGAAUCGGAACUCUAUGUAAAACGCUAGCAAGAAAUGACUGAAAGAUGAUCACCAUCACAGAUAGAGUGAAAAGCUACAGAGAUUGAAACCAAGAAUUGAAAUGGAUGUCAAAGAAUAAUUUAAGAACUCAACUUAUUGGUGGCUCUGAAAGUCCUGAAAAGACUUUCUACGGUAAGCCUUCUAAGCCAGAUAAGGAGCCUAAGUUCAAAGGUUAUGGAGGAAACACCUCAGGCAAGAAGAAAAAGAAGAAUAAUAAGCUAGAGAGGAACUUUAAAACUAUAAAUAAAAUCCAUGGCACUAAGAAAGGUAUUGUAAUUUCGUCAAGAGUGCAUCCAGGAGAAGCCCAGUCCUCAUGGGUGAUGCAAGGGCUAAUUGAAUUCCUUGUAAGCAAUGACCCAGUGGCUGUCCAGCUUAGAAAGCAUUACAUCUUCAAGAUCCUUCCAAUGCUGAAUCCUGAUGGAGUGAUAUAUGGAAACUACAGAUGCUCUUUACUCGGAUUUGAUCUAAACCGUAGAUGGCUUGAUCCUAGAAAGCAUCUAGACCCUACUAUUUAUUAUUUAAAAUAAGAUGAUGAAAGUGUUUCAGGAAGAGACUCAGAUUGAGCUCUUCUGAGAUCUUCAUGGACAUUCCCGGAAAAAGAAUGCCUUCAUGUAUGGAUGUACAUAUGAUAAUAAAGAAGGGAAAGGAUUCACAAAAAAUUUCAAACUAAGAUCCUUCCCUUCAUUGUUGUCAAAUAAAAAUGAUUUCUUCAAUUUCAAAGGUUGUAGUUUUAAGCUUGAGAAGUCCAAAGAGAAAACUGGAAGAAUUGUUUGCUUUAAAGAGCUAGGAAUCCUACAUUCUUAUACUCAAGAAUCUACCUUUUAUGGAAGAGACAUGAGAGAUUGAGAUGACGAAGGCACUGAUCUACAUAUGGGAAUUGAAGACUUCCAGAACUUGGGUAAAGAUCUUGUCAGAACUCUUUCCUAUCUGACUCAUAACAAAUUUAUGCAAAAUUUAAACACUGAAGCUCAGAAUUAUGAGCAACAAAUUUAUGGAGAAAUAAACAGUUCAGAGGAAACCAAUCCAACAACUUAUUUGAAUUCGGAAUCUUCAAUGCAAGUAAGGAUCCCAUCUGUCCAGCUGGAUACUUUAUCAGAGGAACUUACUAGAGACUUAUCUGACUGAUGAGAUAAGGUAAUCUCCACUUUCCCUGCAUAUUCAUCAGGGAUUUGUAAAGCUCCGCUUUCUUCUAUGAAUCAGGAGCCUAUUAAAGAAAUAGAAAGCGAGGGAUAUUCUUCAGACUCUGAUGAUGAAGAAUGAAACCUUCUUGGGAAAGAUAUUGCUGAUAGUAAUAACAGCCAAGAAGAAUCAAAAUCCAUGCGUGAUGAACUAGAGGAGGCAAAGGUCCUUCCACGCCAGACCUCUCCGAAGAGCAAACGGAAAUUUUCAGAUAUGGCUAAAAAGAGUUUCCUCCAAAAAUCUGUACUAAGCAAGCCUUACAGACCUAUUGAUGAGAAUAAAGGGACUAAGCCCAAGAUCCAUAUACAGCAGAAAAUCAAAAUAUUUGACACUGAAAAGCUAAAAGGUUUCCCUAACAACUCUAUUGAGAAUUUAAAAUAAAGAGAAUGCUAAGAGCUUCAAACUAGUCUUGGAGAAGAGGAGGAAGAAUAAUAGGGAUUAUGAUCACUAUUUUAGAACUGAGAAUAAGCCUCGGAGUGCCUAUGGGAAGUCUGUUGAUAAUCAUUUCAACCACCAUACUCCUCAGGUAGAUCAAUCUGAAGAUUUCCCAGGUUCGUAUAACUCAUACCAGCAGUUCCAUCCAUCGCAGGCUCCUUCAACCGCAGAUGGAGGGAUAGAUUCUAUCAAGAAAAGAUUAAUGUUUGUUUCUAAGCUAAGUGGUAAAUCUUUCGAACAAAAGAAGCAGGAGAGGAUGAGGGAGGCAUCCAAUAUCCUCAAAUUUCUAUCAAAUAAUUACAGCACUGAUGAUGAUUACAUGAAGACUAACUUUCAGAGCAGCAAACCGGUUCUAAACUCAAGGAAGAAGAUAAAUGACCUUCUUUUGAGUGGACUCACUUUUACCAAUAAAGAAUCUGAGGUCAAAUGCCUCGUAGAGACAGACUCUAUCAGAUCAAAGUAUAAGCCGAGAGGAAGCGGGAAGAACACCAUUGGACUGAACAGGGCAAGUCUGACUUCUCAUCAGCCUCGAAGAAGAGGUAAUGAUCCAAAACCUGGAUUAAACGAGUACAGUUCUUAUCCAAAUAAGUAUAAAAAGGCUAAUACAAACUCUUUUCUGUUGAGACCAGUUGCUAGGAACCCAAAUAAUUUUAGUAAUAAUCCAGGGCAGAACAGUGUGAACUACUCGAUGAACGACAAGAAGUCAUAUCUGCUCAACUUCAACGAGGAGCGACUGAACCAGAGACCGAAGCCUUCAACUUCAGGGUAUCGUAAAAGGACUUAUAUAAUUCCAAAAUAAUUUUCUUCUGAAAUUGUAACCUCAA